AUGCGUACAUUCCUCACAGCACAGGCGAGAGCAGGUGCCUUGGCUCUGUUCGCCUUAGCCGCAGUUGCGCAACAAGUGGCUGCAUCCAAUCCACGCUUGAAUCGCAUCGACCUCGAUCUUUGGCAGAGGAACCUCUCCAUAGAAGAUGCAUUGCCCUUCUUCGCUCGUGACCUUCCUCGUCUGUCCAAACGCCAAGGGGGCGGCAUCGAUUCACCGUCCAACGAUACGCAGAACGCAAUUGUUGCGCAGUCGGCAACAGAUCCCAUCGCAGCAGCUCAGGCUGUCGAGCAGAUUCCAAAUGUUGCGGCCAAUGCCGCCGGCAACACAGACACUACAGGUAACAUCUUAAAAGAUGACGGAUACUACAAUUUUCCAUGGAACAAUGCCACCGUCUUUAACCCGAGCGCCGAAACCAGCGGUUCCGACGAGGGCGGCUGGCAAGCGCUUCCAGAAACCGCCGGCUUCACCUUGAACCGCACAUUCUCAGUUUACAACGUCUUCGGCAACGAAUCGGGCAUCAUGCCCUUCUACAUCUCCAAUAACCCAGACCCCACCAAGGUUCUUCGUGCCAUCGUGGUCUGGCCCGGUAAGCCUCGUGACGUUUGGAAGUAUGCGAACCUCAUGUUAAACGCCAGAAGUGUCGCCGUAUCGAAUAAGUUUGCACAGCAAGGCGCCACCAAUGACUCGUUCCUUAUCGUUGCGCCUGCCAUGUUGAACCAGAUGGACCUCCAGGCUGGUGCUGCCCGACCCAACGAGAUUGUCUUCCACGGCUCAGGCUGGCAGCGUGGCGCAGGAUGCAGAAACCCGGUCAUGAGGCACCGCGUCACAAGCUAUGCUGCCGUCGACCAGAUCGUCGACCUACUCUUCGACACAAAGACCUACCCCAACCUCAACCAAGUCGUCAUUGCUGGUCAUUCCAUGGGCGGUCAAGCCUCUCAGCGCUACGCGCUUCUGAAAAAGACAAAGGCCUACGACGACAACAUGCGCUUCUGGAUCGGAAAUCCCGGUUCAUGGGCAUGGCUUACCGACUCACGUCCCUACAUGAACAUCAACGGUUCUUGUUCACCCAACGAGGCCUGGGACACCUGGCCGUACGGCCUCAAUGGCAACCAGACCAAGAUUACGCCCUAUGCACGACGUGAUGUGAUCGCUAAUAAGACUUACGUCAUCAACCGCUUCCUCAACCGUCACGUUUCGUACGCAUUGGCGCUUCUCGACAUUGGUGCCGGUGAUACACAUUGUGAAGCGCGAUGGCAAGGAGGCAACCAUUUGGACCGAGGAUCGGAAUUUGUUUUGCAGUACGCAAACACCUCGACGCUUCUGCAAGGCAAGUUCCCACCCAAGCACACGCUCGACUACAUUGCCAAUGUUUCACACCAGGACUACGCCAUGUACUCAACCAACAUGUCGAUCCAGCGCCUCUUCUACGACGACCUCAUGGUUCGCUACAAGAACCUCACCAACACCACCAAUCCGGGCGACCGCAAGAAGAAAGCCAAGGGUACCAAGGCCUUCGCAACGCCGGCUCACGAAAAGGUAGCCAUCGGCCUGCUGGCAGGCUCGCUCGGCUUGGUCUUCCUCGUGUUUACAGCGCUUCCGAUCAUCUUUACCGCGGAUCACGUCAAGGACAUCGAUACCUCGUGGGACGCUCAGAGCUACCUGAGCUCCGAAUCUAGAAGGAUGCUCGUCGAUCGCAAGUGGUAG